ACGUUUUCCUCCGGUCUCUUUUGAGCAACGAGCACUUCCGGAAUCUCUCGGCGUGUGAGCUUGGUUGUCCUACCAAAGCCAGCCUCUCGGCUCGCGUGCGCCGGCCUAGUUUGCUCGCGUCCUCACGCGCUUUGGGUUUCCCGGUCUCAUGGCCGGCCUGACCUUAUUUGUGGGCCGCCUCCCGCCCUCGGCCCGCAGUGAGCAGCUGGAGGAACUGUUCAGUCAGGUGGGGCCGGUGAAGCAGUGCUUCGUGGUGACUGAAAAAGGGAGUAAGGCAUGUCGAGGCUUUGGCUAUGUCACUUUUUCAAUGCUGGAAGAUGUUCAGAGGGCCCUCAAGGAGAUUACCACCUUUGAAGGUUGCAAGAUCAACGUGACUGUUGCCAAGAAAAAACUGAGGAACAAGACAAAGGAAAAGGGGAAAAAUGAAAACUCAGAGUGCCCAAAGAAGGAGCCGAAGGCUAAAAAAGCCAAAGUGGCAGAUAAGAAAGCCAGAUUAAUUAUUCGGAACCUGAGCUUUAAGUGUUCAGAAGAUGACUUGAAGACAGUAUUUGCUCAAUUUGGAGCUGUCCUGGAAGUAAAUAUCCCUAGGAAACCAGAUGGGAAGAUGCGCGGUUUUGGUUUUGUUCAGUUCAAAAACCUCCUAGAAGCAGGUAAAGCUCUCAAAGGCAUGAACAUGAAAGAGAUAAAAGGCCGGACAGUGGCUGUGGAUUGGGCCGUGGCAAAGGAUAAAUAUAAAGAUACACAGUCUGUUUCUGCUAUAGGUGAGGAAAAGAGCCAUGAAUCUAAACAUCAGGAAUCAGUUAAAAAGAAGGGCAGGGAGGAAGAGGAUAUGGAAGAGGAGGAAAACGAUGAUGAUGACGAUGAUGAUGAAGAAGAUGGGGUUUUUGAUGAUGAAGAUGAAGAGGAAGAGAGUAUAGAAUCAAAGGUGACCAAGCCUGUGCAAAUUCAGAAGAGAGCAGUCAAGAGACCAGCCCCUGCAAAAAGCAGUGAUUAUUCUGAGGAGGACAGUGACCUAGAGGAAAGCGAUAGUAUUGAUGAUGGAGAGGAACUGGCUCAGAGUGAUACCAGCACUGAGGAGCAAGUGGAUAAAGCUGUGCAAGUCUCAAACAAAAAGAAGAGGAAAUUACCCUCUGAUGUGAAUGAAGGGAAAACUGUUUUUAUCAGAAAUCUGUCCUUUGACUCAGAAGAAGAAGAACUUGGGGAGCUUCUCCAACAGUUUGGAGAACUCAAAUAUGUCCGCAUUGUCUUGCAUCCAGACACAGAACAUUCUAAAGGUUGUGCAUUUGCCCAGUUCAUGACUCAAGAAGCAGCUCAGAACUGCCUUCUAGCUGCUUCUCCAGAGAAUGAGGCUGGUGGGCUUAAACUGGAUGGCCGGCAGCUCAAGGUUGACUUGGCGGUGACCCGUGAUGAGGCUGCAAAGCUUCAGACGACGAAGGUGAAGAAGCCGACUGGCACCCGGAAUCUCUAUCUGGCCCGAGAAGGCUUGAUUCGUGCUGGGACGAAGGCUGCAGAGGGUGUGAGUGCUGCUGAUAUGGCCAAAAGAGAACGGUUUGAGCUGCUGAAGCAUCAGAAACUCAAGGACCAGAAUAUCUUUGUCUCCCGAACCAGGCUCUGCCUGCACAAUCUCCCAAAGGCUGUAGAUGACAAACAGCUCAGAAAGCUGCUGCUGAGUGCUACUAGUGGAGAGAAAGGGGUGCGCAUCAAGGAGUGUAGAGUGAUGCGAGACCUCAAAGGAGUUCAUGGGAACAUGAAGGGUCAGUCCCUGGGCUACGCCUUUGCAGAGUUCCAAGAGCACGAGCAUGCCCUGAAAGCCCUCCGCCUCAUCAACAACAAUCCAGAAAUCUUUGGGCCUCUGAAGAGACCAAUAGUGGAGUUCUCUUUAGAAGAUCGAAGAAAACUUAAAAUGAAGGAAUUAAGGAUCCAGCGCAGCUUGCAAAAAAUGAGAUCCAAGCCUGCAACUGGUGAGCCUCAGAAGGGGCAACCAGAGCCUGCAAAAGACCAGCAACAGAAGGCAGCUCAACACCACACAGAGGAACAAAGCAAGGUGCCCCCAGAGCAGAAGAGAAAGGUGGGCUCUACCUCAUGGACCGGGUUCCAGACCAAGGCUGAAGUGGAGCAGGUGGAGCUGCCUGAUGGAAAGAAGAGAAGAAAGGUCCUGGCACUCCCCUCACACCGAGGCCCCAAAAUCAGGUUGCGGGACAAAGGCAAAGUGAAGCCCGUCCAUCCCAAAAAGCCAAAGCCGCAGAUAAACCAGUGGAAGCAGGAGAAGCAGCAAUUAUCGUCCGAGCAGGCACCUGGCAAAACUCCAGUCCUCAACAAAUGCAGCCAAUGGCGUUUGCUAAUGCCAGCAGGCCUGGCCCUGUCCAGCUGUGGUCUCCUCCCUCAGCUGGGCCUGCAGCAGCAUCCGGCAACCCUGCUGCUCCUAGUUCAGCUCUUGCUUCCAUCCUCCUCAAAGACCACACUCCACAUCCUCGGACUCUGACAAGCAGGCCAACCCAGUGGUGUGCUGGCAGAUGCUUAACAACAGGCUCUAGAGGAGGUGGGGAAAGCCCUGAUUUGUAGUGUUUGCCCAUUCUUGUGGUAUAAGUAUUCUCACAAGAAUCUGAAUAUGAGGCCAGACUCAGUGGCUCACACCUGUAGUCCCAGCACUUUGGGAGGCCAAGGUGGGUGGAUCACUUGAGGCCAGGAGUUCAAGAUUAGCCUGACCAACAUGGUAAAACUCUGUCUCUACUAAAAAUACAAAAAUUAGCUGGGUGUGGUGGCACAUGCCUGUAAUCCCAGCUACUCGGGAGGCUGAGAUGGGAGGAUCACUGGAACUGGGAGGUGGAGGUUUCAGUGAGCUGAGACUGUGCCACUACACCCCAGACUGGGCAACAGAGUGAGACCCUAUCUUUAAAAAAAAAAAGUAAUUAAUAGCCUAUCAACCAAAAAAAGCCCAGGACCAGACGAUUCACAGCCAAAUUCUACCAGAGGUACAAAAAGGAACUGGUACCAUUCCUUCUGUGUUGCAGGAAUUCAGGGACCCCGAAUGGAGGGACUGGCUAGAGCCGUGGCAGAGGACAUAAAUUGUGAAGAUUUCAUGGACAUUUAUCAGUUCCCAAAUAAUACUUUCAUAAUUUCUUACUCCUGUCUUUAUUUUAAUCUCUUAAUCCUGUUAUCUUCAUAAAUUGAGGAUGUACGUCACCUCAGGAUCACUGUGAUGAUUGCGUUAACUGUACAAAUUGAUUGUAAAACAUGUGUGUUUGAACAAUAUGAAAUCAGUGCACCUUGAAAAAGAACAGAAUAACAGUGAUUUUAGGCAACAAGGGAAGACAACCAUAAGGUCUGACUGCCUGUAGGGUCAGGCAAAAAGAGCCAUAUUUUUCUUCUUGCAGAGAGCCUAUAAACGGGCGUGCAAGUAGGAGAGAUAUCGCUAAAUUCUUUUCCUAGCAAGAAAUAUUAAUAUUAAGACCCUAGGAAAAUAAUUGCAUCCCUUGGGGGAGGUCUAUAAAUGGCCGCUCUGGGAGUGUCUGUCUUAAGUGGUUGAGAUAAGGCCUGAAAUAAGGCUCUGGGAGUGUCUGCCUUAAGUGGUUGAGAUAAGGCCCUGGUCUCCUGCAGUACCAUCAGGCUUACUAGGACUGGGAAACCCCAACCCUGGUAAAUUUGAGGUCAGACUGGUUCUCUGCUCUUGAACCCUGUUUUCUGUUAAGAUGUUUAUCAAGACUAUAUGUGCACCGCUGAACGUAGACCCUUAUCGGGAGUUCUGAUUUUGUCCUUGCCCUGUUUCCUCAGAAGCAUGUGAUCUUUGCUCAGCUUUUUACCCCUUAAAGCAUGUGACCUACUCCCUGUUUGUACACCCCCUCCCCUUUUGAAAUCCCUAAUAAAAACUUGCUGGUUUUGCAGCUCAGGUUGGCAUCACGGUCCUACUGCUAUGUGAUGUCACCCCUAGCAGCCCAGCUGUAAAAUUCC